CUACCGCCGCAAGAAGACACACCCUCCAAAAGACUUUUGCGACGUUACGAACACAAGCAGCACAGAAACGGACUCAAGUUCUGCAAGCAGAUCCUGUCCAACCCCAAGUUCACAGAACAUGGAGAGACCCUGGUGAGGAAUGGUUUAACCCUGAACUGUCCGGGGAAGAAGGAGGAGGCUUACAACCUGGUCAGACGAGGCCUUCGCAACGACCUCCAGAGUCAUGAGACGAGGUACCAGCCGCUGCAGCUGUGGCCAGCCCAGAGUGCUUCAUGGAUCGGCUACGCCAGCCUCCUAGAGGACUACGAGAUGGCUGCCAAGAUAGUAGAGGAGUUCAGGAAAACACAACGGACGUCUCCAGACAAGGUGAACUGUGAGUACAGUGAGCUGCUGUACCAGAACCAGGUGCUGAGGGAGGCUGGACUCUACAGGGAGGCUCUGGACCACCUCACCACCUACGAGAAACAGAUCUGUGACAAACUGGCCGUCGAGGAGACACGAGCAGAGUUGUUUUUUAACCUGGAUCGUCUGGAUGAAGCUACAGCGGUCUAGGAGAGAAACCCUGAGAACUGGUCCUACUACCACGGUCUAGAGAAGGCCCUGAAGCCUGCGGCCAAAAUGAUGGUGUUUCUGGACUCUUCUAGAGAAACCAAAGCCGUGGAGCUGGCCACCUCACUAGAUCCGUCACUCAGCAACAGGAGUAUCACUAUCUGCACAGAGGUACUAGAGGCGCUUCGGAUUGGAGGAUUGGGCGAGUCAAAGGAGCAGGCGGAGUCUUACCGUGCGGAGCGUCACAGGCUCUUCCCGUACACGCUAGCCUUCAUGCCCACGGGGUACGAGGAGAACACCGAGAUCGCCAAUGGCGACGUCGCCACAGAGACCGGGGAGCUGGCCAAUGACAUGUGGGCUGCGUUACGGUUGGAGAAACCUUACGUGCCAAGCACCGAGCCUUGGGGGACACCAAGUCAACUGGACGCCAUUUUGUAGCACCUGUUGAAACGUUGAAGUGGAAAAGACAGAGGGUUUGUUUCUCCUUUGCUUGGGCUUUGGCGCAGUUCGUUUCAUCUCUGUCUCCGACGUGGCGAACUAGGACUGUGUGUGGAGGAGGAGGAGGAGGAAGAGGGGAAGUGAAUGAAAAGGGAUUUUAUUUUUUUUAUCUUGCUGACGGACUACUACUCUAACUGAAAAUACAACAUCAACAAACACUGUCAUCAACUGUUAUCAAAGAGUGUAUUAAAAACACACAACCAACAGACAGAUGAGAUGAGACUAUUUAUG